AUGGCGUCCACUAACAAAUCCCAACCUCUUUUAUCGAUCAUAUUUCUUCUCUUUACAACUCUCCAUCCUCUGAAAUCUUCUGGUGUCACAGUUGAUCUCGUUCCUCGUGAUUCUCCUUCGUCUCCUUUCUACAACGCCUCAAAGACCUAUUUCGAUCGCUUGCACGAUGCUCUAGAACGAUCCUUAACACGUGCGAAUCAUAUCAAGUCAGUACUUUCAAACCUCGGAGGUAGCAAAAUCCAGACACAGAUCAUAUCCGGUGGAGGAUCCUACCUCAUGAACGUAUCCAUAGGAACACCACCUGUUGAGGUUCUUGGGAUCGCAGAUACAGGCAGUGACCUCAUAUGGACACAGUGCUUGCCUUGCACAGAAUGUUUCGAACAAGACCUUCCAAUCUUUGAUCCUAACAAAUCCUCGACGUACAAGAAAGUCUCAUGCCAAUCUAGUACUUGUACGGCCCUAGAACACGCCUCAUGCAGUAAUGACGGAUCAACAUGUGGGUAUAGCUACUCUUAUGGAGAUGGCUCUCAAACUUCUGGAGAUCUGUCCACUGAAACAUUGACGAUAGGCAGUAAAAAUCCCGCGUCUUUCAAUAAAAUAGCGUUCGGGUGUGCACAUGAUAGUUCUGGGACAUUCGAUUCGUCUUCGUCUGGUCUUGUCGGGCUAGGAGGAGGAGCACUCUCGCUUGUUUCUCAGUUGGACGAGAAGAAAUUAUCGUACUGUUUACUCCCCUUCUCGUCGAAUGCGUCGAGCAAAAUAAGCCUUGGUCGUGACGCUGUCGUGUCUGGUUCUGGUACAGUGAAGACCCCUCUGGUAUCAAAAAGCCCAGACACUUUCUACUACCUUACGUUGGAAAGUAUCAGCGUCGGACACACAAGAAUUGCUUACAAAGGUUCGACAGUUAUAUCUCCAGAUGCAACUAGUGAUACUAAAGGGAACAUUAUUAUCGAUUCAGGGACAACCUUAACUUAUCUGCCGACUGAGUUCUACGACGAGGUGUCGUCAGCAGUGGAGAAAGCCGUCGGCGGUCAGACAGUGGAAGGCCCGAGCGGUUUGGGUUUGAGUCCAUGUUAUUCUGCUAGUGAUGACCUUAAUUUUCCAGAUCUCACAGCACAUUUCGAUGGUGGUGAUGUGAAUUUGGGUUCAUUGAAUACGUUUGUUCGCGUGUCCGAAGAUGUGGUGUGUUUCUCGUUGACUCAAGCUGGGAGCAAUCCUCCCAUAUAUGGGAACUUGGCUCAAGCGAAUUUCUUAGUGGGAUACGAUCUUGACGCUGGUACGGUGUCGUUUUUACCCAAAGAUUGCACAAAACCCUAA